AAUAUUGUAUCAACAAAGCUAACUUUUUUUUUUUUUUUUUUUGUAUAAAUAAGUUGAAAAAAACUAAAGUAACGUAAUUUGUACAUCUUCUCAGAAGAGAGCGAAAAUAUAAAGUUUGUAUAGCAAGAUGGCUUCAACACUGUUACUGGUUUUGGUUUUUGUGCUUGAUUUGAUAGCUUUUGGACUUGCUGUUGCUGCUGAGCAGAGGAGGGCUACUGCAACGAUCAACAGAGAUGCAGAGUAUAAUUACUGUGUAUAUGAGUCAGAUGUUGCAACUGGCUUGGGUGUGAGUUCAUUCUUCUUUCUUUUAGCUAGUCAGCUCCUCAUAAUGUUUGCAAGCCGAUGUUUAUGCUGUGGGAGGGCACUGCGGCCAGGAAAGCCCCGAUCAUGGGCUAUUGUCUUGUUCAUCACCUGCUGGGUCACCUUCUUUAUUGCUGAAGUGUGCUUACUGGCGGCUUCCGUUAGGAAUGCAUACCACACAAAGUAUAGGACUUACUUGGUUCAACAUCCUCCGUCCUGCGAGGUUUUGAGGAAGGGAGUCUUUGGUGCUGGCGCUGCUUUUAUUGUUUUCACUGGCAUUGUCUCUGAACUUUUCUACGUCAGCUAUUCCAAGGCCGAUGAAGGAUCCAUUCCUCCAAGAAUGGAUGGUGGCAUAAGGAUGAAUGCGUUCAGGUGAACCCAUUGAGGAGAAGGAGGUUUUGGUUGUACACUCACUAAGCUUUUGCACUUACUUAGAAUGUGAUAUUGGUAACGUGGUAUACUUAACCCUGUCGGGUUGGUGAUUUGACUUCAACAAAAUUAGAGAUUCUGAUCAUUUGUUGCGACUUAUGUGCAUCCUUCAUCAUUGUUCAAAAUUGCUGAGUAGGGAUAUAGACAUAGAUAGGUAUGACUGCUACUUGUGAGUUCUGUUGUACAAUGUUUUGAAGAGAGUUUUUCUGGGGCCUGAUGAGGCAAAAAAUAGGUUGUCCACCUUAUGAUACCUUGAGAUGAUUCUAAUGUUCCUGUUGCCAUUUCACAUUCUGUUCUAGUACCA